UUGAAAAUGGGUGUGUCUCGCUCCGUAGGAAUGCAACCAAGUCCGCUGUUUCCACUGCUGUGAUCGGUCAGGGAGGUGAUGGAGUGGUUCAGCAAGCUAUUCGGACGAUCUGGGAAGGCAAAACGAGAAUUUCCCAACCUCACCAGAGGCAAAGAUCCGCUGGAGCUAUGGAACAAGACCGGAGAGCUGGGAGACGGGGCCUUCGGGAAGGUGUACAAGGCAGAAAACAGGGAGACAGGGGUGCUGGCAGCGUUGAAGAGGGUACCCAUCCAGGACGAGACGGAGCUGGAGGACUUUAUGGUGGAGAUUGACAUCCUCACAGAGUGCAAGCACCGGAACAUUGUCGAUCUUUACCAGGCCUUCUUCCAUGACUCUGCCCUAUGGAUAUUUAUAGAGUUCUGUGCUGGAGGAGCUGUGGAUGACAUCAUUAUUGAGUUGGACCAUGGUCUGUCUGAGCCGCAGAUCCGCUGCAUCACUCACCAGAUGCUGCAGGCCCUGGAGUGUCUCCACACCAGUGGCUGCAUCCACCGCGACCUCAAGGCAGGCAACAUCCUCCUCUGUCCCGACGGCUCCAUCAGACUCGCUGACUUUGGUGUGUCUGCGCGACCCAACAAAGGCCAACAGCAGAAGAAGAGGGACACUUUCAUAGGAACACCAUACUGGAUGGCCCCAGAGGUGGUGGUGUGCGAAACAAACAAGGACGCUCCCUAUGAUCAGAAGGCGGACAUCUGGAGUGUGGGGAUCACUCUGAUAGAGCUGGCGGACAUGAAUCCUCCGUACCACGAGAUGUCCCCCAUGAGGGUCCUCCUCAAGAUCACCCGCUCCGACCCUCCCACUGUGGAGCUCCCACACAAGUGGUCGAAAGAGUUCAACAGUUUCCUGCGCAAGUGCCUGACAAAGAACCCGGAGACUCGCUCCUCCGCCACUGAGCUGCUCCAGCACCCGUUUGUGGCGUCCGUGUCCCACCACAAGCCUCUACGAGCUCUCUAUCAGGAGGUAAAAAGUGAGGUGGUUGAGUUGGUGGAAGAGCUCCCGGAAGAUGCCGACAUCACUACACAGGAGGAACACACUGAGACUACGGUAGGAGAUCGUGGACACACUGCUGCUAUACCGAAUGACAUUGGGCCAGAGCCUGAACCGAUGCAAUUGGCAAAGGGGGAAGCCACAACCCCUCCGCAAGUGACAGAGGAGGUGCGGCUGUCUCCCCCUUCGACUCCGGAGGUGGGGCCACCUCCCGUCAUGAUCCCCGAGGACCCCUCCCUGCCCCCCAUCGAGUUGAUGGCCCCAUCUCCUGCCGGUAGCACCAGUAGCUCCGAAACAAACACUCCAGCCGCCACGCCUCGUAGGGAAGGGGGCGGGGCCAAGGGGGAGGGGUACAAGUACGGGACGUUGUCUCGGGUCCGAAAGUUCAAGGUGGACGGAGAGGUGAUAGAGAGUCGGACACGUCGCAUCGUGGACAUGAAGGCCAACAAGACUCUCAGAGACAACAAGAAGUACCAGGAGAUGAGAAAGGGAGACUCCCACCUGCUGAAGAGGAUGCAAAGAGAGGAGAUGAAGGAGACAACGGAGUUCUACAACCGAAUCAAGGUGGAGAGGGAGGCGCAGGAGAAGAAGGUGGAGGGGGAGCGACAGGAGGUGGAGCGGCGGUUCGAGGCCGUCUCCGACGCCAUGGUCAAGAAACAGAAGAAGGAGGUGGAGAAGUUGGAGCAGCUGCAACUACAGCAGUUCAAGUCUAAGGCCAAAAGCCUCAAGUCAGAGCAGACAAGGAGUCUCAAACUCUACAAGGAGCAACAGAAAGACGAGGAAAAGUUGAGCCUGAAAAGGCUGGAGAGCUCUCUCCCAAGACGGAGCGAAAGCUGGCGAUGCAGAAGGCCAAAUCUGAAGCUUUGAUGAAGAGACAAGAAAACGAGAGACAGUUCGGCGAGCGUCAGGUGGCCAACUACGAGCGAGAGCUGAACAACAUUCUGGAGAGACACAAGAUGGACAUGAAGUCCCUGGAGCUGGCCGGCAUUAAGGCCAGACAAGACCUCGAGAGAAACCACACCAAUGAGCUGUGGGAGAUGGAGCAGCGACAGAAACAGGACAGGCACCAGAUGCUGAAGCAGGAGCUGAGGGAAGCCUUCCACAUGCAGAGACACCAGAUGCACUCUCGUCACCAGAAGGAGAUAGAGCUGCAAGCGAGGCGUGACCAGUUCAGAGUGGACGAGCUGCGACAGCAGCACCUCCUGGAGACCAGGCAGGUGCCCAAGAAACUCAAGGCUCGAGCACAAGCAGGUCCUCUCGGAGCUGAGGAAAGGAAGGCAGAGGAAGAAUGCGGAGGCUUUCAAGGAGGAGGUCAAGAGGGU